CACUGAUCUCACGAGUUGUCCACCUCAACUAUGAUGGUCAUUUAUGGAAUGCACAGCCACAGUCGUGAUCAGGAACUUUCAACAUUAGCUUGUCGACGUCGCAGACAGUGAUUAGCAUACCGUCAGUGUCCUACAUACCACUCUACAUUAACUCAAAUAUAAACAAACCAUCAUUGAUGGCUGCUAUUACAACUUCCUCGCCUAUACUCGACAUUGCCCAUUCUAAAUCCUCUCCAUCCCCGACCUCACCAACUGGAACCCGUCAUAUCGACCACCAACUUACCACCUCCCGCUCAUUCAUCAACAUCGCUUCCCCCCGUACUCAAUCAUCCUUUCCAGCAACACCCAUGUCCAGUAGCUGUACACUCGACCCACCUCCCGGAACUACCUUUGCCGAUUUCUUACGCACCUGGAAUGACGCCCACGUCGCUCGCUGGCUCGCUGAUAAUAGAUGUCCUACACAUAUCGACUCCUUCAAAAAUAAUGACAUUCGUGGCGAUAUCUUGUUGGAGUUGGACCAGGAUACCCUAAAAGAAAUCGGCAUUGCCAGUAUCGGCGACAGGCUACGCAUAGUAAAUGCCGUCAAGAACCUAAGGUCCAAAUGUUCACCACGGAACACAAUCCCCUCCGUAUCCGCCAUCGCUCACACAAGGGCUUUCUUGGGUUCUCUUGACUCUCGUCUCCUUGAAUCCCCAAGAACAAAUGGCGUAGAUCACUCCCAUGCACGCACAAGCUCACGCGAACUCUCAACUUCCAGAGAACCCUCCCCCACAUCUCGAACCCACAAGCGCCUCGAUAGCAACAGACCCGCUCCAUUAGUUCUCUCCCCCAGCUCAGGACGCCCGGACCUCCCCCGUAUCAUCCGAGAACCACAGUCAAGCGACUCCAUGCGCAACCCUUCCACUAUUCGCCCACUUCCCCAAAUCGGCCCGUCUCCCCAGUCCACAACACCAAACAGCUACACAUCCUCCCGCCCCUCCUUGCCCCCCCUUCCUCCCGCACCAAGGGGACAACCACCUCAGCCCCCACGGGUAACCUCACGCAGUCUCCAUCCCGUCAAUGGUCCGCGCACGCGCACCCCCAACCAAGCAGACGCAACCAACUACACCAACUCACCCCUCCCACCAGCACCUACCUCCACCCCCUCCAAUAUGCUCACAACUCCAACCCAGCCCAGCAGCUGGUCUUUUGGCCUGCCCCCAGAUCCCCGCUCAGGACCGUCCAAACCUAUCCAAUCUGCAUCUCCCCUGGCAUCACGAUCUCCCUCAUUAACACGUUCUGCAAACGCCGCGCACAACAGAAACAUCUCUUUCAGUGGCGUUCCUUCCCCUCUUGCGCCUACGCCCACCAAUUCGAAAAGACCAUCGACGACCGGACACCCAUAUGCGUCCGUGCAAGCACCUGCAUCCUUGCAGGCCCCCGCUCAGAACGGGUCUGCGCUGUCCCCUAUCAACGAGUCGUUUCAGCCACAGGGCUCAGCAUCAUCAUCAGGAUCGUCGUCACCCCCAGCAUUCGCCGUCGGACGUGGUCCGUUCAACCCUACAGCUCACAAUGCCGUAUUGGAUCAUCUCCGCCGUAAACUGGUCAAAUUCAUCGUGCCGGAAGAACAGCGGUCUUAUACCGUCGAUGUCGCUGACUGCGCGGGUGGUAUCGAGGUGAUGGAAAAGGUUCUCAAGAAAGCUGACAAAGUGGGCUCCUCGAGGAGGAAUGACGUCACGAGCCGCGUCGAGACGGAUGAUGGUGGACUCAGUGUAGAUGGAUGGUCCGUAUAUCUCGCAUGGGACGAGACGAACGACUCAGGGAAACCACUCUCCGAAGCAGAACUCCUAGCAGUCUGCCACAGCUCAACCGAUGAUCCAGUCAAAGAGCGCGGCCUGACGCUCCGCAAAAGCGGACGCACAAAACGGUCUAAAGAUCUCCAGCGAAUAUUCGGAGAAAACCCUCCCCGGAACAUCAGCCCCACUUCUCCCAUCAUCCCACCAAGGCCAUCCGAAUCCGAUCACGAGCUUGAUGCUGACACAAGCACAAUCAGCGUCCUCAGCGGCCUUGGCGUACGCGACCCCGAAAAAGCCCUCGAUCCUUCCGCAUCUCCAACACAAGGCCAACCAAAACACCCCCUCCCAUCCGUAAAUUCCGCCAAGAAGCCUUCAAAACUGCGUAACUUCUUCGGUCAACGUCCGCCGAGCGAACUGAUUACGACGCACUUGACUGAAUACUUUCCCUUCACGGAAAGAAAAUUGUUACGGAAUGCACGGCAUAGCAUGAUGCUCCGUGCUUCGAGCGUAAGCGGGGAGAAAAGGAACAGUACGUCAUCGCUCACUCCGCCCCUUCCUUCGCGAUUCAGUACCAGUACGCAAGGUUCGGGAUCGGCACAGCGCUCGAUGUCCCCGGUACGAACGAUGUCUUCCAAACGUAAUUCCACCAUCUCUACCAGUUCCACCAUACCCGACACACGAUCUUUAGCAGCACCUUCGAUAGGCGAGGACCCUCCCCGAGUAUCGAUAUCCACUGAAGACGGACGAUCGGUGAUUCUAACUGGCGAUGACGUUGAGAAGCUCUCUUCGGUCGAUUCGAAACCUCAAUUACUCCCUCCCGUGACGUUCCCUUCGAUAUCGCUUUCGGAGUCUAUGGAAGACCUUACUGGUCCUCUACGCCCGAGGUCGAACUCGAAUGCGUCUAAGCGAAUGAGUUUCAUGACUGAAUUGAGGAGCAAGCGUGAUCGGUCGGAUACUGCCAGUUUGUUGACUGUGGAUGAGAUCACUGCUGAGGUGGAGAAUCGAAGGCAGAGUAUGGCUGUUGAUAUGGGCGUUGAGGGGGCUGAAGAUUGGACGAAGGUGGAACCUGAUAUUGAUGAUGUGACUAGUCUUUCAGAGGACGAUACCGUGCUCGAGGAGGAUGAAGAUGAAGAUGAGAGCGAGGAUGUUGAAGAGGAAGACGAGACCGGCCAGGCUAUGAACUCUAGCGGUGGCAAAUGGAUUAAAGGCGCGCUCAUCGGCGCUGGAUCAUUCGGAAAAGUCUACCUAGGCAUGGAUGCGGUAAACGGUCUUCUGAUGGCAGUGAAACAAGUCGAGCUACCACGAGGGUCAGCUCCAAAUGAAGAGCGCAAGAAGAACAUGCUCAGCGCCUUGGAACGAGAAAUCGACCUUCUCAAAGAUCUCUCGCACCCAAAUAUCGUUCAAUACCUCUACUCCUCGGUCGACGAUGAUUUUCUAAAUAUCUUUUUGGAAUACGUUCCUGGUGGUUCCGUCACUGCUUUGUUGCGUAGCUAUGGUGCCUUCGAGGAACCGCUCGUCAAGAACUUUGUACGACAAAUCUUACAGGGUCUCAACUAUCUCCACGAACGAGACAUCAUACAUCGUGACAUCAAGGGUGCCAAUAUCCUCGUUGACAACAAAGGUGGCAUCAAAAUCUCAGACUUUGGCAUCUCAAAAAAAGUUGACGGCAAUCUUCUCACUGGGAAAAGAAUGAACCGCCCGUCGUUGCAAGGAUCAGCAUUUUGGAUGGCGCCGGAGGUUGUGAAGCAGACGGCCCAUACAUCCGCUGCUGAUAUUUGGAGCGUGGGAUGUUUAGUUGUCGAGAUGCUCACCGGCGAACAUCCUUGGGCGCAACUCACCCAGAUGCAGGCGAUUUUCAAGAUCGGUCAAUCCGCGAAGCCUGCUAUACCAUCGGAUAUUUCUUCAGAGGCUCAGGAUUUCCUUACCAAAACAUUCGAUAUCAAUCAUUCAGCUCGUCCAAGCGCUGGUGGGCUGCUCCAGCACUCUUGGCUCGCCGUCAAGAAACACGCAGGAUUUUCUAACAAGAAUGUAGCUCUCAAGUCUAUUCCAACUAUCGAGAUCUCGGCAUGAUACCCCACUUCUUUGGAUGUUUACCUAAUGUUAUUAGCAUGGCCCAGACGCACAAUG